UGUCGUUUUCACGAGAUUUAAACACCGACGGACAAUAUGCCCGUCCUUUCUCUUUGUUUAAUACGUGAACAUUAGGUUCAUAACAACAGUGUAUAUUUUCUGUUCUGGGUUGAUAACACUGUUCUACCCGGACUUCUCCCCCCAGUAGGUCCAGCCAGCUACUUAAAGUCUGGCGGAGUUGUUACAGGGACAGUUUACUGAGCAGCUCCGCUUCCGGCGGCUCUGCUCGGGUUCUGCUGUCGUCUCAUCCAGGUGGAAGGUGGAGAUGACCUGAGGUUAUCUGUGGGUGAAUCCCUCUUGAGGCGUCGAUCUGCGCGUCUGCAGAGACAUGUGUGAUCCGGAGCAGAAGGACCUGUAUGCUGUGCUGGGCGGCAGCCCGUCGGACUCCCUGCAGCAGCUCAGACACAGAUACCAGCAGCUGGCUCUGAAGUACCAUCCAGACCGUCUUGGAGGUGAAAACUCUGCAGAGUCGAGUGUGAAAACAUUUCUUGAAGUUGAUGCAGCCUGGAAGAUUCUUGGUGACCAAACCACAAGAAGAGAAUAUGACCUGCAGAGGCGAGCACAGGAACUGAAACAGGACUGGACAGUAGAUUCUACCGUCGACCUGGAGGACAUGACAUGGGAGAUGGGUGUGAAUGCAGCUACAGCUGCCGCUGUGGAGGAACAUUCAGCGUCUCAAAGGAGGAGGUGCAGGAGGAGACACAGAGGAGGCUUCAGGAGCUUAAUGAGCAGGAAAUGCACCGAGGAGCGCAGAGCGGCGUGCUCGUCUGCUGCGAUACCUGCUCACUCACUAUUUAUGUCACUUGGUCUCUAAAUAAAAAGAUGCAUAUGUCAAAAUAAAUGUUAUUUUUUAAAUGCAGAGUCCUAAUUAAAUGGUUCCCUUGUUCCUGAGUAUAUUAGUACAACUUGCACUGUUGGUGUGAGGAUACACUUUUCCUACCUGUCAACACAAAGGUGAAAUAUCUUCUACUGCUGUGAGGGUUUCAGUCGUAGUUAACUUCUACCAGGGGUUUUAGUAAUGUUAUCAGGAGCAGUCAGACAUUCAGCAGCAGUUAGGAACCCCACAGGAGUCUACCUGCGACCUGCUGCUCCCUCCGAGGCGCCUGCUACAUGUACAGACUUGCCGUUAGCAGCCAUGAUGCUACUUAGUAAACCCAACGCUCAGCAGACAGACGCACAAAAUAAACCAAAGACUGACAGAGGUUUGUAAAUAAGCUCGUGUCUGCCUUCACAUUUAAGAUAUCACUUUUUAUUUUUUUACUCUAUUUUACAUUAAAGUACAAAAUAUGUUUUGCGUUACAUUAUAUACAUGAAAAAAGAACACAAAACCAAGAAAAAACAGGAAAUAUUGUGUUUUAAUGAAUGAAUAUUACUGUGUGUGUAUGAGCAAUAAUGAUGAUAUGAAUGACUAUUGUUAUGUGGAGCAAUUAAACAAGUAAUGCGAAUAUUCAUAAAUCAAUAAAUUAUGAGAGGCAGGUAAACAUAAACACACGAUGGAUCAAUUAAUAGUUAAAUUAUUUCUAACUGGAGUUUGUCACAUUGAAUACAGGAACUACAUGGGAUGAGACUGGAAGAUGCAUGGAGAAAAAAAAAGAAGAGAAGGGCAAAAACCCGGAAGAAUACAUGUAGCAAACCCCCCAAAUGAAGAAAUUUGGCUUUACUGAUGAACAGCCUUAAUCUGGGGUUAAUUACAAUACAUAAAUUAUGUUAUAAUAUAAGAGAGGAUCACAUAAAAUCUAUUACAUAAAUGCUAUAUUCUAUUGAAAUGGGUUCAUUGAAUACAUUUUUCCAAUGUGUCAGACUGAUGGCGGUCUUUGUUUAGCAUUUGUAACAUGAAUAAUGUUGGUGGUGUCUCUUUAUGAAGACGUGGUUAUAAUGGGAUGAAGCAGCCAAACCUGCUUGGGUUGUGUCGUGGAUUUUGUGAAGUAUUUUACAUUGAAUGAACUGAAGAUUAAAAUUUUUUGUCAUAUAUGAGAUAUUAUUGCAAAUUUUAAUUCCGAAGUGAUAAUCUGGGUUUAUAUUCAGAUCUAAUUGCCAUCUUGAAGUAGAUAUGGAUAUUGUUGAAUCAAUCUUGUUUAACAUUCUGUAUAUCAGCUGAAUUUUCUUUCUAGAUGCAAUUUUAAAUAGUUCAGUAAAUUGUCCUUUAGGUUCUACGAGUUGUUCCAGGUCAUAUUUACUUUGAAGAUAUUCUAAGAAAUGAGCAUCAUCAAGUGUAUAUCGUUUAGUUGAUUCUGAAAAUAAAAGGAGUUUAUUAU